AUCCAAAGGUCCAGAGGUCCGGUCAGAAGUUAAGUUAGUAAAACUACAGUAUGUCUCAGAAAAGGACUGAUCCUUCAGGGAGGGAGAAAAGAAAGAGGAAGAAUAGAAAAAGCCAAGAUAAAGAUAAGCCCACCUGCUGCAGAUCCAACAUGGCCUCUGAGGAGUCUCCUCCAGGUGAGCAGGUGAAGAGGAGCAGCAGGAGGCCUCAGAAGAAGAUUGGAGAGGUGGAGGACCGGACGUGGGCCGGCCACAGAGCGCUGCAGGCCGGGCGGCCGCAGGACGCGCUGCGCUGCUUCAAGCAGGCCCUGCAGGCCGCUGCACAGCUGCAGGACUCACGGGCUUUGCGUGCCUGUUCCUUCAACCUGGGCGCCGCCUACGUGGAGGCGGGCCGACCUGGGAGAGGACUAGACCUUCUGCGCCGAAACCGGCCCGGUCCAAAAGCUGAGCGGCUCCCGGACCUGCAGUUCAACACAGCGCUGGCCCACAAUGCACUGGGGCAGUACCAGGAGGCCGUCACCCACUUCCAGCAGGCCGCUCAGCUUUACCGAUCGCAGGGAGACGGAGGCAGCGAGGGCGACACCUGCAUGGAGCUGGGCCGCUGCUGCAGCAGAACCCAGGUCAGAACCACCUCAGCACCAGAACAGGGUAUUUUUCCAGGUAUCUUCCAGGUGUUCCCAGGUAUCUUCCAGGUGUUAUUCAAGGUGUUUCUAGGUAUCUUCCAAGUGUUUCCAGGUAUCUUCCAGGUGUUAUUCAAGGUGUUUUUCCAGGUGUUAUUCAAGGUGUUUUUCCAGGUAUCUUCCCAGGUGUUAUUCAAGGUGUUUUUUCAAGUGUUCUUCCAGGUGUUUUUCCAGGUAUCUUCCAGGUGUUAUUCAAGGUGUUUUUCCAGGUGUUUUGUGUCAUGUCUGCUGCAGGACUGGCCUCAGGCGGUGCAGAGUUUCCUCCGCGCAGCAGAGAGUUAUAAAAUGGCCUCCAUGUUGGAUUCUGCAGCCGCCGCCCUUAAAGAGGCAGGAAGUCACAUGGUCCAAUUAGAUCUGUCCAACCAUGAUGACAUCAGCAGCGUGCUGACAGAGUGUCUGAGUUUGAGCAGCAGCAUCAGAGACCCGAGCAUUCUGGGUGAGCUGUACCUGUCGGUGGGCGUGGCCUACUGCCGCAUCAGGUGCUUCCAGGAGGCGGUGAGCUGCCUCGGGCGAGCCGUGGAGCCGGCAGUUCACCGCCCCCCCCUGCUGGCCAAAGUGCUGCACAACCUGGGAGCGGCGCUUAACGCCGUGGGCGACUUCAGCUCAGCUGUGGAGCGGCACCGUCUGGCCGCGCGGCUCUACGGCUCUCAAGGUUGCCGUGGUGAUCAGGCUCGAUGUUUCAGUAACCUGGCCAUCGCCUGCAGUCACCUGGGGGAUGACCAGGAGGCAGCAGAGAGCUUCAUCCUGGCACUACAGGGAUUCAGAGACACAGGCGACCGCCUGGCUGAGGUCCAGGUGUGUGAGCAUCUGGCUGAGUGUUACCUGAGGCAGAAGAAGCUGCAGAAAGCUGUUGAGCUCUACAAACAGGCCCUCGGCGCGCUCUCUCACUGCAAGGAGGCUGAAGGUGUUCAGGACCGGCUGGUGGAACGUCUGACUGCGGCUCUGCAGCUCAGUCUGACGGCGACACAGAGGCCACGCCCCCACAGGCCCCGCCCACAUCUGCCCCAGCCCCACAGCUCACCUGGUCACCAGGACGUCAGGAAGCUUGACGUGGCACAACGUCUGGCAGCCAAUCAGCAUUUAGAUGAGCAAAGGGUGGAGUCUCCAGGUAAGUUUUACCUUUAUUAUUUUCUUUAUUUCGUUGCUAUGGUUACACCUGAUUGUGCUCAGGAGCAAAAGCUGAGAAGAGCUCAGGUAGACAGGCAGCGGCUGAUCCAGAGGGCGGAGUCACACCUGGACGACACCUCUCAGAACCACCAGAGGAGCUGCAGCAAGGUGAGUCACCUGGACUUUACACAUCUGCUACACCUGAGCAGCAGGUCGACUGGAGCUGAAGAUGUGAGCUACCUGUUUGUGUUUCCAGGUGAGCUGUGGUUGGACAGAGCCAACCCUCACACGGACAGUGAAGCUUCUUCACCUGAGCAGCUGGAGUCCCCCCCCUCCUGUUCAGGUGAUCUCAGGAAGUCUGGUUCACCUGAGGCCAGUUGGAGGUCCCGCCUCUGUUCUCUGAUGUAGCCUUCUGAUUGGACAGUGGACUGAUGAUGUCAGACCAUCAAGACUGAGAUGUUUCAUCACAUGAUCUUCAUGCAGCUCUGCAUCCAUCAUGGCUUCCUGAUGCAGAUUUACCUCCUGACUCCCAGAUUCUAACCCAGGUAACCAGGUGACCAGGUAACCUGGGUUUGAAUCUGGGAAUCAGAAAAAAUAUUGUAUUGUCACAUGACUUAUUGUAAAUAUUACAUUUUGUAAUCCCCCGAGGAUUUUCUAAAAACUAGAAGCAGGUCGACCACCAGGGGGCGCUGGACUACACCCUAACCCUCUCCACUGGAGACAGCGCCACCUACCUGUCCUUACAAGAUCAUUGAGGAAGAGGACAGAUUGAGCUUCAUCAAUAAAUUCCUCCUGCUGCGUCUCA